AUGGACACAUCUAGUACUCCAAUCAAAUCGGAAGCACAAGCAAAAAUUGAGGGGAAUCCAUUGGCAUCGUCAUCCCAUCCUGCUGAGCAAUUGCCGAAAACUUCCUUGAAUAAUGAUCAAGGCUUUUCCAUAUUGGAGGGUCUCGCUUUGGUGGUGGUUGAAUCAACCGUCGGUCAUAACAGAAUCUUUUUCUUCACCUCUUAA